AUGAUGUGGAACAACCUCAUCCACACAAUAGUCUGCCUUUUCCUUAUUGGACUUGGAAUUGUGGGGAAUAUCCCAAUAUUUAUGGGACAUAUAUAUACUUUUCUCACACGGCCUGAGAAGAAACCCAUAGACAUUAUCCUCACUCACUUGGCAUUUUCAAAUAUGGUCAUUAUUUGUGCUGCAGUCGUCAGAGAGAAAGCCAUAAUUUUAUAUUUCAAGAAUUUUCUAACAGAUGCUGGCUGCAAAAUAGUGGUUUUUCUGGGAAGGAUGGCUCGAGGUCUCUCCAUCUGCACCACCUGUCUCCUCAGCAUGGUCCAGGCUGUCACCAUCAACCCCAGGAUGACUCUAUGGGGAAAACUCAAACCACAGACUGCGGGGCAGGUUCUUCCCUAUCUCCUCCUCUUCUGGACAUUUAAUUCUCUGAUAAGCUCCAACAUGCUGCAUUAUAUCACAGCAGAAAGUCCUGUGAACAGAUCUGUGGUUGGCACAUAUGCUGGGUAUUGCUAUCUGUUACCAUCUAGGCUAAUAGUGAGGUGGCUUUUCCUCUCCCUCAUGGCUUUCCGUGAUGUCAUCUUCCAGAGUCUCAUGGGCUGGAGCAGUGCGUCCAUGGCUCUGCAUCUGUAUAAACAUCACAAGCGCGUCCUCUACCUUCAUAGCUCCAAGUGUGUGAACAAUUCCAGCCCAGAAAUCAGAGCCACACUGAGCACUCUCAUUCUCAUGGCCUGUUUCCUUUUCUUUUAUUGGUUAGAUUUCAUUUUCUCCUUCUACAUAGGCUCCAUGGUAACAUAUGAUUUCAUCAUUUUAAUGAUUAAAACUUUUCUACAAUUUGGUUAUGCUGUUCUCAGCCCCUUUGUCUUCAUCAGCAGAAAUGUCCAUGUGGCUAAAUCCUGGUGUGUUUACUAA